GCGCGGUGCCGGGUGGCGGUGGAGAGAGCCGUGGGUGGCAGCGGUGGUGGUGGUGGCUGUGGUGCCGGCGGUAGCGGUGAGGCCGCAUCCUCCGUGGCCUCAGAGAUAGUGGCAGCUUUGAAAAAAGGCUCUUUCAUGAUUGAACACCGAUAGCCAGUGCUCCAAAUACUACGAAAGAAAAAACCCACUGCCAUUAUGACUCUGAUAAACAUUCAGUGACAUCAGAGCAAUUGGUAGAGUUGAGAAAGAAAUGGCCUUUUCAUGAACUUCUGGUAAGGGUGCAGAUGAAUAAACUGUGAGCUUCAAUGAACAUCUGCAGGAUUUUUCAUUGAGAUUGAAAGAUUUUGAGCAACGCCUUUAAAUCUGAAAAAUGUGAAAAAUUAGCACACUGUCAGCCCUUCUGAUAAACAUUCCCUUUUGUCCAUGAAAACUCUUAGAGAAAAUGGCUGAGUUAAGCCUGAAGGAAGCAGCGCUAAUUGUUGGUGUGGUGGCUGCCUGCUACUGGAAUAGUCUGUUUUGUGGCUUUGUUUUUGACGAUGUUUCAGCAAUUUUGGACAAUAAAGAUUUGCAUCCUUCUACUCCCUUAAAAAAUCUGUUUCAGAAUGACUUCUGGGGCACUCCAAUGUCUGAGGAGAGGAGUCACAAAUCUUACCGUCCCCUUACAGUUCUUACGUUUCGCUUAAACUACUUGUUCAGUGAGCUAAAUGCAGUUUCUUACCACUUCCUAAAUCUGGUCUUUCAUGCCGUGGUUUGUGUAGUUUUCCUCAAGGUCUGUAAGCUUUUUCUGGACAACAGGAGCAGUGUGAUUGCAUCUUUGCUCUUUGCAGUGCACCCAAUACAUACUGAAGCGGUAACUGGAGUUGUGGGCAGAGCAGAGCUUUUAUCAUCUAUCUUUUUUUUAGCUGCUUUUUUAUCAUACACAAAAUCUAAAGGGCCAGAUAAUACCAUAGUGUGGACUCCAAUUGCAGUGACUGUGUUUCUAGUAGCUGUUGCAACACUGUGUAAAGAACAAGGAAUAACAGUGGUGGGGAUAUGUUGUGUGUAUGAAGUAUUUAUUGCUCAAGGGUACACCUUGCCAGUGUUGUUGGACACAGCUUUACAGAUUCUUCGAGGGAAGGGCAGUAUUCCUUUCUCUAUGCUCCAAACACUGUUGAAGCUCAUAGUCCUAAUGUUCAGUACACUGCUGCUUGUAGUUAUCAGAGUCCAGGUUAUCCAGUCUCAGCUUCCAGUGUUUACAAGGUUUGAUAACCCAGCUGCCGUUAGUCCAUCUCCAGCAAGACAGCUGACUUUCAACUACCUCCUCCCUGUAAAUGCUUGGCUGCUUCUGAACCCCUCAGAAUUAUGCUGUGACUGGACAAUGGGAACUAUUCCUCUUGUGGAGUCUUUGUUAGAUGUUAGAAACAUUGCAACCCUUACCUUCUUUUGCUUUUUGGGAUCUUUGAUCGUCUUCAGCCUCCGAUAUCCUGGGGAUUCCUCCAAGACUGUACUGAUGGCACUCUGCUUAAUAGUGCUGCCAUUCAUUCCUGCAUCAAAUCUCUUUUUUCCUGUUGGAUUUGUAGUAGCUGAAAGAGUAUUGUAUGUUCCUAGCAUGGGAUUCUGCAUAUUAGUAGCACAUGGAUGGAAGAAAUUAUCAAACAAAAGCAUGCUAAGAAAAGUUUCUUGGGUUUGUUUGGCUGCGGUGCUGCUCACUCAUGCCUUAAAAACACUUCACAGAAACUGGGAUUGGGAGUCAGAGUACACAUUGUUUAUGUCAGCUUUAAAGGUAAAUAAAAACAAUGCAAAACUGUGGAACAAUGUGGGGCAUGCAUUAGAAAAUGAAAAGAAUUUUGAAAGAGCUCUGCAGUUCUUCAUACAAGCUACUCAAGUUCAACCAGAUGAUAUUGGUGCCCACAUGAAUGUAGGCAGAACUUACAAAAACUUAAACAAAACUAAAGAAGCUGAAGAAUCAUAUCUAAUUGCUAAAUCAUUGAUGCCACAGAUUAUUCCAGGUAAAAAGUAUGCAGCAAGAGUUGCUCCUAACCAUCUGAAUGUUUAUAUCAAUCUGGCAAACUUAAUUCGAGCAAAUGAAUCUCGCUUGGAAGAAGCUGAUCAAUUAUAUCGACAAGCAAUUAGCAUGAGGCCAGAUUUCAAGCAGGCUUACAUCAGCAGGGGAGAAUUACUUUUAAAAAUGAACAAACCUCUAAAAGCCAAGGAAGCUUAUCUUAGAGCUUUAGAACUAGACAGAACCAAUGCAGACCUGUGGUACAACCUGGCAAUUGUUUACAUUGAACUGAAAGAUCCAACAGAAGCUCUGAAGAAUUUCAACCGAGCCCUUGAACUCAAUCCGACACAUAAACUGGCAUUAUUCAACUCAGCACUACUAAUGCAGGAAUCUGGUGAUGCUCUGCUUAGACCUGAAGCUAAACAAAGACUGCUACAUUAUGUGAAAGAAGAACCGCAGGAUGCAAAUGGAUACUUCAACUUGGGUAUGCUGGCAAUGGAUGACAAAAAAGAUACAGAAGCAGAGGCAUGGAUGAAGAAAGCCAUAAGGUUACAGCCCAACUUCCGAAGUGCUUUGUUCAAUUUGGCACUGCUUUAUUCUCAGACAGCAAAAGAAUUACUGGCUUUACCCGUCCUGGAAGACCUCCUGAAGUACUACCCUGAUCAUACCAAAGGUCUGAUUUUAAAAGGAGAUAUCCUUAUGAACCAAAAGAAGGAUAUUGUUGGAGCAAAAGCAUGUUUCGAAAAAAUUUUGGAACUGGAUCCCAACAAUGUACAAGGAAAGCAUAACCUUUGUGUGGUUUACUUUGAAGAACGAGAUUUAAUAAAAGCAGAAAAAUGCUUGGUUGAAACGCUAGCACUGGCACCUCAUGAAGAAUAUAUUCAGCGCCAUUUAAACAUAGUUAGAAGUAAAAUUGCAUCACUCAGUACUACAGAACAGUCAUCACUUCCAGCAGAUGGGACUGCAUCUGCAGGAGAAAAAAAAAAUUCCUUUCAAAAUUUGAAAGAAGUCAAAACUAAGGAGAAAACCACCCAAACAACAGUUGAUAAUGGUAAAGGACACUCAAAAAGUAAGAAACAAGCAGAGAAAAACAGUAUGGACAAGGUUACUCCCAAAAAAUCAACUAAAGAAAUCAAAGACAUUGAGGAAAAGAGAGUUGCUGCAUUGAAAAGACUAGAAGAGAUUGAACGUAUCUUAAAUGGUGAAUAGUCUUUAUGAUGUCACAAAGAAAUGAGGGGAGAAUACUAUUUUUAAUUAUUGUCUAAUAUGUGAUCCAACUGGAAAGAGGUCUUAAUGCUUUGAAAAUAGGACGUUGACUGAAUAUCACUCAGCGAGCAGCAGAAGGCAUUACAGUAUUUUGUGUGAGAAAACUGCAACUUUAAAAUGUGAUGUCAGGGAUGGGUGUGUGUUGAAGGAGGAAAGGUAGGGAAAAAUCUUAAAUGCAUAAUCCUAAUAUCGAUAAAAUCACACUCAAAAAAUCAUAGGUAGUCAGUGAUAUUCAAUAAUGCUUCUUUCAAAGAAUCAGUGGAAGAAGUGAAUGGAGAAUUAAUGGUAUAACCCAGACAUUGUUUUUUUUUCCCCCAUAUAAAUCUGAUGAUAAUUAAUGUUAUCUAAAUUUCAGUUUACACAUCAUCAGUAUUUCUGAAGUUCUUCUAGACAUGUUAUGCAUUAAAAAGAGAUUGUUUUCUUUGCAUUAUUUGUUUCCAGAACUUAAUAAAGAGUCAUCAACAUGGCUCUGUUUGUAGUUAUAGGAGGAUGCAAUAACACUAAAAUUUUUUGUUGUGUUGUAAAUGUGGAAUGAUAUAAUAAGCUUUUAAUUGUUCUUUACUUACAAAGCUAAUGGUUUGUACUGUUUUACCUGGUAGGAAUCUUACGGUGCUCUUAACAUCUUUAGACUAUACUUCUACUUUUAAAGGAAAUGUGUGUUUUUUUUCUUCAACUGUCAGUCAUCUGAUUUUUUUUUUCUUAUUAUACAAAAAAGGGUGGUUUUCUCACUUUUUUCCCCAAUUAACUGAAUUCUAUGAUAAAUGCACUUUUGGUACAGUAACCACUAUGCUGUGCAGAAGUCCUUGUUGACUUUGUAUCAAUGGCUGUGGAUUGACUCCUUGGUGUAGUAAAUUCCUCCAUGCUUAUAGCAAA